UGAGUAAAGGAAGAAAGAACGUUUCGGCGAGACACGACUCAGAUUGUGGGCCAUUUCCAUCGGCAUUCGGAAAUUUCUUUUCCGAUCGCUGCUUGGCAUUGCGCUUAUCUGAUUGUGAAGAACCUCUCGCCAGAAGAAACAACCAAUAGUGGAGCUGUUUGUAAUAUAAAAAUAAUUUGUGUCUCGUGAGUUUUAUGCUGCUUGUGGCAGCACAAGUUGUGCUGGAACGGAAAAAAACGAGAUGAGUUAUUGAAGCAAAGGCCAACGACCUCGCCUUGAAGUCGUGUUCCAUCAUCGAACGUCCUCGUCCACGCAAAAGCUUGUGGAGUGAUAAAAACGAGUGUUGGAAGCAACACGAAAUUAAAAGAUAUAUCAGAGAUCCUCAAACAAGCAGAAUGAUGCUGAUACAAAGUAACUUCGGCAAAUUGGGACCGAUCCAGAGGUUCCCAGACAGCGAAAUCUUUUGCCAUGGAGAAUUGCUGCAGACGGUCCAGAUGAGCGAGAUCUACCCAGACUCCAAGACGUUCGUGGACAUGAAGCUGCGCAAAUCGCCCAACGAGACGCUCGACUCGUUCCACCAGUUCAUGGCCACAGAGAACAACAGCCCGUCGAAGGCGAAGCUGCAGGAAUGGGUCGAGUCGAACUUCGAGAAACCUGGGGCCGAAUUCGAAAACUGGGUCCCCGAGGACUGGAAGGCCAAUCCGGCUUUCCUGAGCCGUAUCCGCGACACGGAUCUGCGUGAGUUCGCCAGCAAGCUCAACCAGAUCUGGCAUGAGUUGGGUCGCAAAAUGACACCGGAUGUGGCGCUUAACCCGGAUCUUUACUCCAUCAUCCACGUGGACAACCCAGUGAUCGUGCCGGGAGGUCGGUUCCGCGAGUUCUACUACUGGGAUUCGUACUGGAUCGUGAAGGGGUUGCUCCUGUCGGAGAUGUACUCCACCACCAAGGGCAUGCUGUCUAACUUCCUGUCAAUCAUCGAACGCUUCGGGUUCAUCCCGAACGGAGGACGCAUCUACUACAGCAUGCGCUCUCAGCCUCCACUCCUGUGUGGCAUGAUGAAGGCGUACGUCGACGCGACCAACGACACCCAAUUUGCGAUGGCCAGCGUCGACACGCUCGACCGUGAGUUCCAGUUCUUCAUGAACAACUACUUGACGGAGGUCAAAGGCCACCAGCUGGCUACGUACGGCUACAAAUCGAGCGGGCCGCGUCCCGAAUCGUACCGCGAGGAUAUCAUUAGUGCGUCCAUCUUCGAAAACGAGCAAGAUAAGCAGGACUUUUACUGCGAACUGAAGGCGGCCGCCGAGAGCGGAAUGGACUUUUCGAGUCGCUGGUUCAUCAAGGAUGGCACGAACGCGGGCAACCUGACCGAUCUCAAGUGUCGAUCGAUCGUGGCGGUGGAGCUAAACGCGAUCCUCUACUGGAACGCGCUCAUCAUUGCCGAGUUCUACGGACUUCGCAACGACAUCGCGUCCAGCAAUAAGAAAACCGAAUACCUGAACCGGGCAGAAGAUCUCAAGAAGGCCAUCACGAGCGUGCUGUGGGACGAGGACGAGGGAGUCUGGUUUGACUACGAUCUACUGAACAACAAACACCGCAAAUACUUCACACCGACCAACCUUUCGCCGCUGUGGGUCGGUUGCUACGACAAGUCCGACACGGCGUUGCCCAAGCGCAUCCUCGCCUACAUCGACCGACUGCAGCUCGAUCGCUACCCCGGUGGAGUACCCAACACGUUGCAGAACACCAACGAGCAGUGGGACUUCCCGAACGUGUGGGCCCCCAUGCAGCACAUGCUGGUGAUGGGUCUGGACUCGCUCGAUAACCAGGAGGCAAAGGAUAUGGCCUUCAGUUGGGCACAACGUUGGGUCCGGGGCAACUAUAUUGCCUACAACAAAACGCAUGCCAUGUUCGAGAAGUAUGAUGCACAGGAACUUGGAGGACACGGUAGCGGUGGUGAGUACGACGUGCAGACUGGCUUCGGCUGGACGAAUGGUGCCGCAAUGGAUCUGAUGAACAAGUACGGCGACAGACUGACGACAGUGGAUCGGAUUGAGGACAACGAUGGAAACGGUGCGCUGGUAGCAUACUCCGUCAACACCGGUAUCAUUGCGACGGUGAUAGCAUUCUUCGUUGGCGUAUUUGGGUGAGCACGUGAAUGAACCUACAUCAUAACCCGCCCUGAUGUGAAUGAAAUAAUAACCGCACGAAAUCACGGACCGCACUGGAACGAGUGUCCGUUUCAUAAUGGCGUUCUGUGGCUGAAAUGUGAUAACCACCGAGAGCAUCAAGUAGCGCAAUCAUUCCAAUACCGUCAUUCCUCGCGAAAGCUAACAACCGCCAACUGGGAUGGCAAAUAUCAAAAUCAAAACCCAUGAGUAUUAAACCAAAUUUGUAUAUCAUUAUUUUCCCUCACAUAAACAUGUCUAAGAGGCGAUCGAGUGUUGUUCUAUCAAUAGGUACAUUUUGGGACUUAACUAUUUAAAAAAACGUAUUAAAAAGUUCUAGCGAUUCGUGCGCUGUAGAAAUGCUUGCAUGCAAUACUUUCUGUUCCCGUUUUGUCAACAACAAUCAUAAUUUUGUAGACCUCACGAGAUACAUUAGCUGCUGUUUAAUAUAUACUUUUCUUCCUUUUUUUUCUUCUCCCAAAUUCCCAACAACACUUUCAUAGUAGUAUUUUCCGACGAUUUUUUGGUCGGUAGGUUUUAUGCACACCUAAGGCGUGUGGGUGUGUGUAUAUAUUCCGCGCUAGACGUAA